AUGAAAAUACUUAUGUUUGUCAUUUUUAAGUAAAAGAAAAUUGAUGAUAAUAACUACAUUAUAAUCAAACCUGAUUUAAAAGAACAUUAUAAGUUUUAACCUACUAAAGGAUGUGUAAGAGGAGAAAUAAUUGUUUAAGGCAUUGCUUUGCAAAAAGUUGAUGAAAAUAAAACUAUUGUUGAUUAGUAUUUUCUUUUGGAUCCUAAAGGAAGCAUUCCAACUUCACUUAUUAGUUUAACUGUUUAGCUUGAAUUGAUUGUUUAAGAAAAAGCUGAAAAAAUAAUAUGA